AUGGCCUGCCCCAAUGGCUCAGCACCGCUGCUCUUGCCCUGGACAAACAACUCGGUGUCUGCUGUGCCUGAUGCCAUCUUGUCGAGGGGCAUCUCGUUCACAGUUGGCACGCCUCCGCAACCAUUUUCACUGAUUCCGUCGACAAUUUCGGACAAUUUGUUCGUCAACAACGUGGCCGAGUGUGUAGCUGCUACGAAUAGCAGCUGCAUUGGACAAUCUGGCGGCAUCUAUGACAGUGCCACUUCGACCUCCUUUAAGCAAGUCGACUAUGCAAUCUGGCCAGGCAGUAGAGAUUCCAUUGACCUGGUGUCUGCGAGCUCAUACGUCUUCUUCGACGAUGCUGUGGCAUUCGGCUUGAAGCCCGCUACCAACAAGUUCUCCCCAUUUCCCAUUUAUACAAAUGGCACGACAGACGCAAUUGCCGAUCCCUUUGCGCAAAAUGACCCGAAUUCGAGAGGAACACUGCCCUUGGGCGUAAACUCGACAUUUCUCAACCAUCUUGUGGACUCGGGCCAGGCAUCAUCAAGGACGUAUGGCCUUUGGGUCGGUUCCGAGUCUGAACUGGCGCCACAAGACGGUCUGCUCGUUGUCGGCGGUUACGACGAGAGCAGACUAAAGAGUCCAGGAACUACCUUUCCUAUGUUUGCAGAUUGUCCAACAUGUGCUGUUCUCACAGCCAUCACGUACGAUGCCGGCGGCGAAAGCACCACACUUUUCUCAGCUGCCACUGACACGCUUAUUGUGAAUCUGGAUCCCUACUCGUCAGACUUGCAGUUGCCGCCAAAGAUGCUCGACAUCUUUGCCGGUCUCGAAAAGACGGCAGUAUGGAACGAAACGUCGCGGCGAUUUGAGCUUCCUGCCACCACAGCGCCUACUGGCACCAUCACCGUCACCCUUUCCGACAUGGGCGCUCCGCUGAAAGAUGCUUCCAAGCCUUCCGUCGCAACCUACAAGUCCGUCAUCCCAGCCACUGAGCUCUUCCACCGUCCACGGGCGUACAACGCAGCUGGCGUCUAUGAAGUCAGCAAUGCCACCGUCUACAACAUGGCCAUGACCAACCAAACGACAACGGCCAAAUACGCCACCCUAGGCCUCCCCUUCUUCACGCAAAACUACCUCAUCGUCGACCCAGACGCCCUCCACUUCCAACUGGCGCCCGCCGUCGUCGCGCCCGCCGACCCCAAGGGCGCAGACGCAAAGCUCAAACAAGUCUGCCGCGUCCUGCCCGGCCCCAAACCCAAGUCCCAAAUCGCAGCUCUAGCGGGCGCCGUCGUCGGCGCCAUCAUCGGUACCCUCCUCGUCGUCGCCCUCUUCCUCUUCCUGCGUCGCCGCCGUCGAAACGCAAACACCCGCCAUUCGCGCGGCGCCGAGAGCGAAGCUGCAACCCUCAACUCGACAAAGCCCCUCGUCGACCGCCUGCCCACGCACACCUCGUCGGAGAACAAGUCGCUCGAGCUUCCGCUCCAGGCGCCCCCGCCCCCAGUCGCCGUUCUCCGCGACGGCACUGCGUUUCCCUCGCCGCCGCCCAUUCGCGCAAAGAGCACGCGGCGGGGGGUUACGGUGGAGGAUCCGCGGCGUGGACUCGCGCACGACGUCUUUCGUAAAGUGGAUGAGGAGAAUGACGGGCGGUUGUUGGAUGAGCGGCCAAUGGGGCUGAGCGAGACAAUUCAUUCUAGGACGACGUUGCCGCGCUUGGCGGCCGAACAUGAGGUCCAGUGA